UUCGAAUUUUAGAUAAAUCUCUAAAAUGGAAUCUGGAAUUUAUGGAGGGUUUGGAUGGGAUUCUGGUAUCAGCUCUCUUGUAGAAGACACCGGUCUUCACAACAAGGAAGCAAGCUGAUGUCAAGAAUACGCUGUUAAUGAAGAUCCUAAUAAUAAAUACAGAGCUUAUAUGGAAGAUACCUAUAGCUGUAAUGAUAAUUUUGCAGGAGAUGUAACUUGAGGCCUCUUCGGUGUCUAUGAUGGACACGGAGGGAACACUGUUAGUGAAUACCUCAAAGAACGUUUUCCUGAUGAAUUAAAAUCAAGGAUUGAAUCAGAGUCACCUUCUGAUCUAGUCACUAUAAUAGAAGAAACUUUUGAGAAAAUUGAUGAUGAACUCAAGUUGAUGGAUUCUGAUACUUGUGGAUCAACAGCAUGUAUUGGAAUUAUUAGAAUGGAAAGUGGACAUAAGGUGCUAUACAUUGCAAAUGUAGGCGAUACCCGAGCAGUUUUAUCUAGAAACGGAGUGGAAGAAAGACUCUCAGUUGACCAUAAAGUUGCAGAUAAAUCUGAACAUGAUAGAAUUAUCAAAGGAGGGGGAGUAAUAAUGAAUGAUAGAGUUGGAGGCACUCUUGUCCUAACAAGAGCAAUGGGAGAUUUUGCACUAAAGGAUAGUGGAGUGAUAUGCCAGCCAACCAUUAGAAAACAUUUUAUUCGUCCGUUUGAUAGAUUUGUAGUCAUCGCUUCUGAUGGAGUCUAUGAUACACUAUCUGACGAAGAUGUAGUCGGGUUGUGAGAUAUCGAAGAAUCCACUGAUAAAAUAUCAAAGAACAUAAUAGUGAAAGCUUUGGAGAAAGGGUCCCAAGAUAACCUCUGCUGAUGUGUAAUUAAGUUGUAA